CUGAUUGAUCCGGAAGACAAAUACAACGACAAGGACAAGCUAUCGCAAAUCAACACAUUGCAACAGCUCGGAAACGCCGCUACAUAUAUUGCCGGUGCACUGAGGCGUCGUGAAACCGAUCUUCACGGAAUGUGGUUUGAGCUCGAAAAUGCUGAUAUGUAUCUGUUCUCCAGGUCGCGCAAACGUUUCAUUGUGAUCAAUGAGGAGAACUUUGAGGAAAUUGUUCAUGAUGUGAGAAAUUGGAGGGCCUGA